AUUAAAUGGCGCUGAGUUUACAAGCGUGCAUAAACAUAUACAUUUAUAAAUUUUAAAAUAAAUAAGAUGUCCAGUGACAGUGAGGAGUAUUACAGCAACGAGGAAGACGAGGCAAUCGGCAGCACUGUUUCAGUGCGGUCAAGCCACUCUUCCCGCCAAAGCAGUGGUGGCAGCACCCGCAAUAGUAAUUCUGGCGUAAUUAUUGACGAAACCGAGUCGGAGUCGGAAAAUGAAAGGGCUAAGCCGAGGCAUCGUCGUGCUGUGAUCGCAUCAGACAGCGAGGAUGAAGAUGAGUUGGACUCGCGCGCGCUAUCGCCAAGCACGCGUAUGAGUAUUACAGGUGUACGUCCACAGGAUCUGAGCGAUGACUCCAGUGAGAUUGACUACAGCGACCAAGAGGCGUCACCAGGUACACCUGAAAAGACCUACAACGAGGAAGGCGAGGGCUCGGAUGGGAAUGCCCCACGGGGUCGACAAUCCAUAGAUGGCGGAAGAGCUUCGCCACGCUACAGCACGCAGUUUGUGGGAAACAUCGAGGAGACUUUGCACUCAACAGUAUUCCCAGGGAUCACUGAAGAGGUACUCGACGAAUCGGGAGACAGCGAUGUCCUGAUUUUAAGCAACAAGGAGACUCCCAUUGAAAUCUCAAGCACGGAUGAUGAAAGUAGCAUCAAUAAGGAAAACUUGCCUGCUCCGUCACCCGUGCGCCGGUCCUAUUCGCCCCGCAGUAGCGCUGGAGCACUAAUCCCUAAGCCCAUUAAGAGCCUCAUGCAGCCUACCAUACAGACGGCGUUCAAACAGAGCGUCUCCCCGAAUGCUCCUCGCCGUUCCCCGUUAAAAAAUGCAAAUAAAAAGGUAACUCAAGAGUAUCAUCAGGAGGAGAUGCGCAAGCUGAUGGAGAUGCGCACCCAAAAGAUUGAAGCCGAAAAGCUCUAUGAGAAAGUGGCCCAAAAGCUGCCGGACAAAGGCAAGCAAAUCAAGCAGCGUAUCGAUACCUUGGGUCGGGAAAUUGAGCGGAAAAGUAAUAUGAUGAGCAGCCUUAUAAUAGAUCAGAGCAGCAUUCCAGCAGUCAAGGUGACAACCGCGUUGAAGGCGCCUGUCAAGUCCCACAACGAUACACCUGACUGGAGUGACCUGUCGGCAGCGGUCAACUCGAUCCAACCCAAAUACACUGGAACUCAGGGAAUGGCCACGUUCAACACACAGAAAGCCUUAACUCUGGAAUCCCUUAAGGAUCUACAUGGAUCGCUGAAGGACUGUCCUGCGGCGGACGUUCUUGCCGACGAUCCAGAGGGACUGAAGGUUACUUUAAUGGAUCACCAGAAGCAUGCGCUGGCGUGGAUGUCUUGGCGCGAGAAGCAGAGUCCACGUGGCGGUAUCUUGGCCGACGACAUGGGCUUGGGCAAGACCCUGACAAUGAUUUCAUCGGUUCUCGCCUGCAAGAACCGCCAGGAGAGCGAUUCUGGGGGCCAGGCGGAUAGCGACGGCGAGGCAGAGAGCGACACAAAGCGGAAAAGCGUAGGUGGAUGGACCUCAAAGGGCCGCACAGAUACUCAUCGCGGUGGCACCUUAGUCGUGUGCCCUGCCAGCUUGCUGCGUCAGUGGGAGGCAGAGGUCGAGUCCAAGGUCUCGCGUCAUCGGUUGACCGUGUGCGUGCAUCAUGGCAACAACCGCGAGACAAAAGCCAAACACCUGCGCACAUACGACAUCGUGGUGACCACCUACAACAUUGUGGGCAGGGAGCACAAGGAGUCGAGUGCCUUGUUUGGUGUCAAGUGGCGUCGCAUCAUACUGGAUGAGGCCCAUGUGGUGCGCAACCACAAGUCGCAGGCGUCGAUCGCAGUAAGCGAACUGCGCGGCAAGUUCCGCUGGGCACUGACUGGCACACCCAUACAAAACAAGGAACUAGAUAUCUAUGCGCUGUUGAAGUUCCUGCGCUGUUCGCCGUUUGACGAUCUUAACACCUGGAAGAAAUGGAUCGACAACAAAAGUGCUGGAGGACAGAACCGUCUCAAUUUGCUGAUGAAGUCCAUUAUGCUCAGGCGCACCAAAGCACAGUUGCAGCUGGAGGGAAAACUGAACAGCUUGCCCGCCAAGCAGAUGCAUAAGAUUGAGAUUUCUCUCGACAAGGACGAGAUGAACGUGUACCAGACGGUCAUGACAUAUUCCAGGACAUUGUUUGCCCAAUUCCUGUUCCAGCGCGCAGAGAAAGACACGGACAACAACUUCAUUUCCGAUGCCAGCAAGCCCACAUAUAACCAAAUUAAGGAUCCUAAUGGCGCCUACUAUAAAUUGCACGAGAAGUUCGCCAGAAUGGCAGGCCACCAAAAGGAGGUAAAGUCUCACGAAAUAUUGCUGCUUCUGCUGCGUCUGCGCCAGAUAUGCUGCCAUCCAGGUCUGAUUGAUUCGAUGCUGGAAGGAGAGGAAGUAAAGAGUUUGGAUGCUGACGACAGCGAUGGAGAAUCUCCUGAGAUUGAUUUACUGGCGCAGCUCAAUAAGCUGGCCAUUACAGACGUCUCCACUUCUCCGAGUCAGGGAAGCCGUGGCAGUCAAGGCAGCCGUGAGGGGAAUGAACAUGACGAGGCUCGCAUUGCCAAGGCUUCCAAACAUGUGCUAAAGCGCAGCAAUCCAGUUUUCAACAUGAAGCGUCCCUCAACGAAAAUGCUCAAGGUGAUGGAAAUACUAAAGUCCUCAAUUCUGAAGAACAACAACGACAAGGCCAUUAUAGUCUCGCAAUGGACAUCGGUGCUACACAUACUGCGCGAUCACCUAGAGAGUGAUAACAUGCCGACCCUUUCACUGAAUGGCUCCGUUCCGGUAAAGAAUCGACAAGAAAUCGUGAACCAGUUCAAUGAUCAGCGCAAUCCGAACCGCAUUUUGUUGCUCUCACUCACCGCUGGCGGUGUGGGCUUAAAUCUGAUUGGAGCCAAUCAUUUGUUGCUGAUUGACCUGCACUGGAAUCCGCAGCUCGAAGCCCAGGCCCAAGACCGCAUUUAUCGCGUUGGGCAGAAGAAGGACGUGAAGAUAUAUAAGUUUGUGUGCCUGGACACAGUGGAGCAGCGUAUUCUGGGUUUGCAGGAGCAUAAACUGGAGCUGGCCAAUGGCGUCCUAACCGGCACCGGAGUUAGCUCAAAGCUAACCAUUGAUGACCUCAAGGGUCUGUUUGGAAUUUGAGACGGCCGCCGAGUCUCGUUAGUUUUUAGCACACAAACCAGAGUUCAUUUUAUUUACAGCAACAUUUUUAUUUUUAGUUAUUCCGAAGUUGUUUUUUAUUUUUUUGUUUGUAUUUCUUUGUUUUGAAGCACUUGUAUUUAAUUUAUCUACGAUACCUUUUGAAUUGUUAAGUGGUUUACAAUGAGUUCCGUUUAAAUUGAAAUGUGUGUAUUAUUAAUGUUUAAUUUCCUUAGUUUAUAUGUAUAUGUAAUCUUAAUCUUCCUUAAUCGCAUUCUCAGCUUAAGCAAAUACGAACAAAUUCAACUACAAUUUGAUUAGCAUAA